AUGUUCAUCUUCUCAAGAGUUCAAGUUAUAUACAUUACCUUAUCAUUUCUUCUUUGUUCUGAAACUCACCUUAUAAGAUCAGCAAUUUACAAGCAUAGAGUAAUGUGUAGAGGGCAUAGCCCUAUAAGAUUUUGUCCCAAACGGUAUUUUCCAGUCUGUGCAACCAAUGGCCGUACUUAUUUCAACAAAUGCGUUUUCUGUUUGGCAUACAGAGAAAAUGGUGGUUCAUUUAUUAUAUCACAUUUUGGCAAAUGCUAA